AUGAAUAAUUAUUUCACUCAAUUCAUACCGCAAUUAGGAAGGCAGGACUCUACUGAUACGCAUAACAGCACUCACCGAGAAUGCUUGUAUCCCAAGGUGAAAUACAUAUGUGUUUUUAAUCCUUCGCAUAUAAGUGAUAAGUGUGAAUCAAACAACGAAUUGAUAAAACAGAUUCUAUGCUUUGUUUCAGAAAAUAUGGAUUGUGAUCCAGAGAAUAGAGAUGUAUCUUUUGAAGAGAAUGAUAAAUUGAAGAUUAUUGGUUUAGUUAGAGGAAUUAACUCAUUUAUGCAAGGUUUCGCUAAAGAUGUCCAAAGUGAUUCUAAUAUCAUAAAAACUGAUACUUCUCUAUUAAUUGUCAAGCAGGUUGAAGCCAGUUAUUAUAUUAUUUGUUGUGUUUCUAUUUCUGCUAUUUCACAGAAUAAUUCCAAAAUAGUCAGUCAUCAAAUGUCAAAAUUGAUUGAUCAAGCUUACAAUCAUUUUGUAGUAUUAAAUGGUUCAUUUGAAAGAGUUUUGGAAGAAUACAACUUAGAAAUCUUAAAGAAUUCUCUUGAUGAUUUUUGGAGAGAAUUCAUUGGUAGCUAUAACUCUGAAUACCUUAAAUUUCCAUCUAAGCUCCUAUGGGCUAAUUGCAUGAAUUAUAGAGGCUUUUUGGGAUUAUUAGGAACGAACCGGCUGAAUGUUUACAAAAAGUCUUCGAUCAUUUUAAAUGACUCUACCAAUGAUCAGAUAGACAGAAUAUUAUACAAUGAAAGUCAGGAUGAACGAUUAAAACCUAAAGGUUUAAUAAUUUCAUAUUUUGAUCAAACCGAGCCUAAGAAGUAUGGUAUGAUUUACUCAAAUAGCUCGCUUGCAGGAGAAACUGAUAAAAAGCUUAUACAGCCUCAAGAACUAAUCAAUAUAUAUAAUUGGCUUGAAUACUACGAUUUCCACCAUAAGCUUGAUGGGGAGAGUCUCACAUCAUUAGACUACGAAGGAUUUUUUUCAUCCUCUGAUACCAUUCGAGAGCAGCUUAAUAGCGAACAGCAAGUCUUAAUAUCGCUUGCAUCGGUAAAUGAUUCUGACACUAGGUCAGUAAUGUCAACGGCUGCUUCGACUUUCGAUAUGAUUAACCCUAUUAAUCUUACAAAUGAUUAUAUCAUUCUGCCGUUCAAUAGCACGAUGAAUAAUGUUAUGGGCUUUAGUGGUAUAAAUGGUGAUGUGAAUCACCAGGCACCUAAUCAAGAUUCUUCUAUUGGAAAUUGGCUUUCAAUUCCAUCAUAUUUAAAACCCUUCACUCAAAACAAUUCACAUGAUGCCAAUAUAAAUGCUAGCAGUGAGCAUACUGACGAGUGCAGUUCGCCAAAUGAUGAAACAGAUGAUGAAUCGGAUGGCUAUUUCAUUAUUGGUUUGUCAAAAGAUGCAAACUCAAAUAAUAUAAUUACCAAGAGAUUGGUUUAUUUGAAUUCGGUUGUUCAAAAAAAUGACGGAGAACUGACAAUUAAUAAAAGAGAAUAUCUGAUAAUAGUUUAUGCACUUAAUAAGAUAAUUUUUACACUCGUGUACGAUUCUUCUUUAAAUGAGCUAAAUCAAGAAGCAUUUUAUACUAAUUUGUCUAAAGUUAUAUUAUAUCCCUUGAUAGAAGAGUUGAAUACUGUUUUGAUGAAUGGAAGUAUUAUAGGUAAUAGUGUGGGUUCUCUACCUAGAUCAUUAGACUCAUUAAGAAUUAAUAAUGGAAAGACAUAUAUUUCACCUGGCCUCGAGACUGAUCAGAAUCAAAAUUUUUAUUUUAUUAUUUACGAUAACAAUGAAGGAUGGGUCAAAUCAUCCUUACCAUACUUACCAUUGCUUAGUCCUAGUUUGAAUGCAAUGUCGGAAAACGAAAGUCAAUUAAAUAAAUCUAAUAUAAGAUACAAAAGUGCCAUUUUUCAUUUGCAUGAUCAAUUAAGUGAUAUAUUCAUCGCCCAAAGGAAUAAUGAUUUUUUCAAGGGUGAUAAUAUGAAUGAAUUUUUUCAUAAAUUCAAUUCUUCAAGACAUUUUGAUUGGAUGUUCUAUUAUAUAAAAUAUAACAAUAGAUUCAUAGUCAUUAUCAAGAGUCGAAACAGAAACCAUAGAAUUACUCCCAAGCGAAAUACAACUGCAAUUUCUAAAAAGCCAAAUACACAUGAACCUGUGUCUUCGAUAGCAACGAACCAACAAAAUAGAAAUAUGGUGUUACAACAAUUAACCGAUUACGCUCACUUGGGAUUUUUAAAUAAUUUAGGAGAUGAUGUCAAGCUUUGGCUUGAAAGCUUUGGCCUUGAUGGAGAAGUAUAA